CGCUGGCGCCGGGCGAGCCCCGCCCCUCCACCCCCAUGCAGGUCCCCAUGGGCCCCGCCUGCAUCUUCUUGAGGAAAGGAAUUGCGGAGAAACAGCGGGAAAGACCGCUGGGACAAGACGAGAUCGAAGAGCUCCGGGAGGCGUUCCUUGAGUUCGACAAAGACCGAGAUGGGUUCAUCUCUUGUAAGGAUUUGGGAAACCUCAUGAGGACGAUGGGUUACAUGCCCACGGAGAUGGAACUGACCGAACUGGGCCAGCAAAUCCGCAUGAACUUGGGUGGCCGUGUAGACUUUGACGACUUUGUGGAGCUGAUGACCCCAAAAUUGCUUGCAGAAACGGCUGGGAUGAUCGGCGUCCAGGAGAUGCGAGAUGCCUUCAAGGAAUUUGACACCAAUGGAGACGGUGAGAUCACCCUGGGAGAGUUGCAGCAGGCCAUGCAAAGGCUUCUGGGAGAGAAGCUCACCCCUCGGGAGAUCUCCGAGGUUGUCCGUGAGGCCGACGUGAACGGAGAUGGCACCGUUGACUUUGAAGAGUUUGUGAAGAUGAUGUCUCGCUGAGAAGGUUCUGGAAGCCCCAGUCGCUCCCCACCCGGGCAAUGUGGAUGGAGCGCUCGCUCAUGGAGGACCGAAUCCCCCAGGAGGGCCGGGGAGGGCGUGCGGUGACCGGACUGAAAAGCCCCGGCUUUGCCCUGAUGGGGUGAGGGAGAAGCCACAUCUCUAGGACUAGAUAAAGAAAG